GGUCUUCCUACAAGCACAGCUCGUAAGACACGACUCCCAACUCUUCAAUCUUGGGUUCAAGGGAAAGGUCUUCCACAAAGCAGCUUGUAAGAUUUCCAUGAGUACUACUCCUUUGUGUGGAAACAGAGAGGCCAUGACCAUCACUCGCAUGGGUCCGAUUCUCUAUAAUGCUGCAGCACAAGGCAACAUCAUGGUUUUCAAAAAUCAUAAAUUCAAACGGCCACUAGAAGCCCUAUUAACACCAAACAAAAACACAAUCCUCCAUAUUUUUAUCACAACCCUAAAAACUGGGAUAGAAUCAACAGAGAAAAACUUCGUCGGAGACAUACUCAACAUGUGUCCUUCACUUUUAUGUCAAGUCAAUGUCAAAGAUGAAACUCCAUUACAUAUCGCAGCAAGGUAUGGGCAUGCUAAUAUCAUUAGAGUUCUGAUCCAACAAGUGAGAUAUGGACAUAAUCAAGAUCUUGGAAGCGGGGCUGAAGCAAUCAGAGAGAUGCUUAGGAUGGUGACCAAGGAGAAAGACACAGCCUUACAUGAGGCUGUACGUUAUAAUCACUUUGAAGUGAUAAAACUUUUAAUUAAGGAAGACCCAGAUUUUUCAUAUUCUAUUAAUGAUGUCGGGGAGACUCCACUCUACAUUGCCGUCGAGAGGGACUUUGAAAAUUUGGUGUUGGAAAUUUUGAACACCUGCAAUUCACCAGCUUAUGAUGGCCCCUUAGGUAGAACGGCUUUGCAUGCUGCAGCAUUUCGGGAUAACACAGUAACGAUCGAAGCAAUUUUGGAAAAAAUUGGAGGAGCUAUAACUAAAAACGUAGACCAAGAAGGUUGGACUCCACUGCAUUUGGCUGCAUACUCGGGUGGGUGGUUGUCUACAAAGCUGCUGCUGGAACAUGAUUCAGAAGUAGCAUACAUCAAAGACAAAAAGGGAAGGACAGCUCUUCACAUUGCAGCUCAUCGUGGCAAUAAUCAAGUCAUGAAAAGCAUUAUCGACAUGUGUCCAGAUUGUUGCGAACUGCUUGACAACAGAGGCUGGAAUGCGUUGCACUUUGCAGUGGAGGGCGAUAGGCCAGAUUCUACAGAAUCUACAGUGGAAUUGAUCCUUGAAAAUUCGUCUCUCAGCAAUCUUUUGAAUGAGAAGGACGCCGAAGGGAACACUCCUCUCCAUCACUAUUCCCUCUCUUCUGGCCCAUACUUGAAGGAUCUCAUAGAUCACCCCAGAGUAGAUAAGAUGGCGUUCAACAAAAAUAACCUCAAUGCUUACCAAGUCGCUUUAAGUGCAAAGUUAUCGACAGGAAAGAUGAUGGAGAUUGGGCUUAAAUUCUGGUCUUAUUCGGGAAGGGUAUUGACGGAGGACGAGGAUAAAUUAAAGAAAAUCAUACAAGAUGAUGUGAAGGACAUGGAAAAUAAGCGAAAGGCAAGUAGGAUAGUAUAUAUGGAGAAGGCGGCCGAAACACACUUGGUAGUGGCUGCACUCAUCACAACUGUGACCUUUGCAGCAGCUAUAACCAUGCCUGGUGGUUUUGUUGGUACUGGAGAUAACCCACAUGAUUAUGAAGGCUCUGUAGUUUUGACGAGAAAUGCCGCUUUUAAAAUGUUCAUUAUCACUGAUGUCAUAUCCUUGGUGCUAUCUUGUUCUGCUGUUGUUACCCAUCUACUCACAUCACUUUUAUUCAAGUAUUCUAAAUCUGAUGAAACUCGCAACAUUUUUCUCAGAUUAGCCUAUGUGUUUAUUUUGAUGGCCAUGGGAGCAAUGGUUCUGGCAUUUAUCACAGGUGCAUAUGCUGUGUUAGCUCAUUCCUUAGAUCUUGCCAUUACCACUUGUGUUAUUGGUUCGUGCUUCUUCGUCAUCAUCUCUUUGAUAUGUGGAUUGUAUAGGAAGGAUCUAGGUUUAUUAUAUAUAGUCGAUAAAUUAAAGUACAUAUAUAGUUGAUAUGUGGACUAAUGAAC